AUGGAAAAAGCAGAGAAAGCAGGCCCGGCGCCAGGCAUCCGCCAAGCGAGCCCUUAUGCCACCCGCGGUGUGCAGAGUGGUGCGGUCCUGCGGGUGCAUCCCGUGGUGUGGCCCGGGAAUUCGAGCAAACCUUUGAGCCAAGCACUGCUGAAUGCCUACGAAGAGCAGGGCUUUUGCAUCCUGCGAGCCGUCGUUCCUCCGCAGCAGAUCGAGGCCUCUCGACAGUUCCUAGAAGAGCUGGUCGGGUCCAUCAAUGGGCCGUCUCGCGUGGACUCGGACUGCCGCCUGGUCACCGAGGCCGGUUCGUCUGCGCUGCGGAGCAUCUUCGCCGUACACGAGGAUGCAGACAGCCCCAUCGCAGCGCUUGCGACAUCCCCUUUGAUCACGCAGUUUGCGCGGCAGAUUCUGGCAGAUGAUGUUUACAUUCACCAGUCCAGAGUGAAUCUUCAGUCCGCCUUCAAGGGCGCGGGCUUCUCCUGGCACAGUGACUUCGAAACCUGGCAUGCCGAGGAUGGGAUGCCUUGUCCCCGCAGUGCUUCCGUUGUGGUUUACCUGGAUAAGAACGUGGAGAGCAACGGGGCACUGAUGGUGGUGCCGGGAUCACACAAAAGUUUUCUCCGAUGUCCUGGUCGGCAGGAGGGCGCCAAUUGGGAGAAGUCCUUGCAGUCACAGACCUAUGGAACGCCAGCAGAUGAGGAUAUCCUUGCGCUUGCGAACAAGCAUGGCAUCCAACACUGUGUUGGCGAAGCUGGUGAUGUUCUCAUCUUCGAUUCCAACCUUCUGCAUGCAUCCUGUGGCAACCGAUCGCCGUGGCAUCGGAGGAAUCUUUUCGUAGCGUUCAACUCUUGGGAGAACCGGCUGCAGUCUCCUUUCUAUGCGCAG